AUGUCAUUAUUCGGAAGUUCGACAAUUGCAAAUGGUACUCCACUGGGUAAUAUAUUUGCCAAUCAAUCUAAUUUUGGAAACUUUUUAGGGGGAAGUCAACCAAAUGGUAACAAACAAAGCAAUUUCAAAACAGCUUUAGUUUUUAAUAAUGACAAGAACACUAUCAAUACAGGAUCAUCCGAAAAGAAUGCACACACACCAGAAACAUGGAAACAAUCUAGCAUCACCCCACAGAAGGAGCAAUCAACAAUUUCAGCUCCUAAGCAAAUUUCAAAAUUACAAGUAUUUAAAGAAAGUGAUAUUGUAGCAGCUGGAACUUUAUUCGAACACCCUGAACGACUAGGUUUUAAUCACAGAAGACCAACAGAAGUACGAGCAAUACCAAAAUGUUUUCUAACGCAACCAAAACUCUUGUGUACUCCCCCAUUUGUUCCAAAUGCAUGGGAUCAAGAAAAUCAGAAUAAAUUGAAUUUAAUGGAAGCAGAGAAUGGAGGAAGAGACUAUCAAGGAUUGUAUGAAGAGAUGCAAAAGCUUCGAGAAAUAGAAAGAACCAAGAUGGAGGAGUUGGGGUUGGUGGAUGCGGAAAACGUAGCUAAAGACUUAACUGAAGCAAUAUCGUUUUCCGGUUCCUGUCUUGAUAUGUGUCCCGUAUUUGAAAGAGUGAGAAGGCAAUUGGAAAAUAAUGUGAAGGCAUUGGAGAAAGAUCCGAUAUCAAACAAAAUUUCGCGAGAGCGUGCAGUUAAAGCAUUUUCAAGACCAGCAGCUGGCCAGCCGCCUCCAUUGCCAUCGGAUGUUAGACCACCACAUGUUUUGAGUCAAACACUAAACUACUUGGUUGACAAUAUUUUACAACAACUUCCAGAAGCUCAUUCAUUUAUCUGGGAUAGAACACGGUCGAUAAGACAGGAUUUCACGUAUCAGAAUAAUUUUGGUCCCGACGCUGUUGACUGUAAUGAAAGAAUCGUUAGAAUACAUUUAUUGUCGUUGCAUAUAAUGGCAGGCAGUGAUGUAGAGUAUUCCCAACAACAAGAAUUAGAACAGUUCAAUAAGGCAUUGCAAACAUUAAUGGAAAUCUAUCAAGAUGUUAGAAAUAAUGGAGGCAAGUCUCCGAAUGAAGCUGAAUUUAGAGCGUACCACUUAUUAAGUCAUAUAAGGGAUCCUGACUUGGAAAGGCAAAUUCAAAAGUUGCCUGAUGAAAUUUAUAAUGACAAAUUAGUACAGCUAGCAUUAAGAUUCAGAAAGAUCACGACACAAAACAAUGUUGUUGAAAGGGGUGUACCGAAUCUAGUCGGGGCAUUGAAUUUGUACACAGAAUUUUUCCGACUUGUUUAUAGUGAUGAAACUCCUUUCUUGAUGGCAUGUUUAUUAGAAACACAUUUUAACGAAAUAAGGUUUUAUGCGCUUAAGGCUAUAUCCCGAAGUUUCCACACAAAAACCAAACCUUAUACAAUUCAACGAUUACAGCAAGUUUUGGGAUUUGAUUCUAUAGAAAAACUACAAAAGUUUCUCAAUUACUACGAUAUAGAUAUUAUCAAUGUCAAUGGUGAAGUUUUGGUCGACUUAUUCAAUAAGGAGAAAUUGGAGACUACCUAUAAAUUAAACUCAUUCCAUGAGAAAGCAAAGUAUUCACCACCAUAUUCAACACAAUUAGAUAAUAAGUACAAAGGACUAGAUUGGAAGUUUUUUGUAAAUAGUGGUCGUCCAAAUACAGGAAUAGAACUUAAUUCCCAACCACCAACUGUGGAAGUGGUUUCCAAUCCUCAGUCAUCAGACUUUGCUAAUGUUACUAGUUUCAAGAAACCUGAAACCAUCAAUACAUUUGGUUCUACUGGUUUGCAAUCACAAUCACAACCUCAACCUCAGUCUUUCAAAGUGCCAAAUAACGGCCCUGAAAGGAGUAUUUUCAACUUCAAGCUGGAUACAACUUCUACACCUGAAUCCAUAAAACCUAGCAACGUGAACUCCGUUCUAUCAGACACUGAGCAAGUAAAACCAGUGUUUCUGUUUCCAUCAAAUGUAACCACCACUAACAGUAUUCUAAAGCUGAAUGUUCCACAACAACCAUUGCAAUCUUUCGGUAAAGCGGCUCCUAAUAUUGCGAUACCGAAGGAGUCAAAUUUGAAUAAAGUUCCAUUAAAGGCUUCACCAAGUUUAUCAUUUGGCAUUACCCAGCCCCAGAAUGAGAAAAAAAAAGUGAAACCAUCAGAGCAAGAAAGUGCCAAAGUAUCGACACCAGCUCUUGUUAAGAACUCACUUCCAGCUGUCCCGGAAAAAGUAAAAUUGACUCAAUCAAAGAUGUUCCCAUUGGCUCUCCAACAAGUAUUCCACCAGAUGUUACAAGACACAGUUAAAUCAGAACUACAGGUUGUUCUUUCCAAGUUGUUAACCAGAUAUCAUAGUGCAUUAGAAAGAAGAAAAGUUAUUCAUUCAUUAGGGUUUGAGUUAUACGAUGCCUUUUUGAGAGAAGUGAUGUACGAGUGUGUUUUGGAGGCUCGGGCAGCUCAAUUUUAUGACUUUCAUUUGAAGAAAAGAAAGAUUAAGGCUAUCAUCAGGAAUUCAAAAAAAGCUGUUAAUAAGUUGCGUGAAAAGAAAAUGAAAAUGUAUGAAUUGAAAUCAGUGAAUUUUGAGAAAUUGAAGAAAAACAAAAGAAGACUUUCAAUAAGCAGUUUUGAAAGUAACUCUAGCUUUAGUAAGAGGAAAAGACAUGAUAGUUUUGAUGUAUCUAUUAUCAGUGAAAAGCAACUUGAGGUUCAUGAACUAUGGGCUCCUUUCAAUUUGUCAAUAUUUUUAAGAAAUUGCUCAGAGAACUUGAAAAUGAAAAUAUAUCAAAAUAAUUUGGAUUUGAAGUUUUUGUUAAUUGUGGAAAAUUGGAAUUCUCCAUAUUCAAAAUGGUUAAAUUCGAAGUUGGGGUUAAAAGCCAAUGUGAAAUUGUCUGUGCUUGAGAAUUCUAUUCUGAAUGACAAAAUAAAUUUGCUUAUUACUAGUAUGCCCAAUAAAGAACAUUUGAAUGAAGAGUUUUUUGCAAAUGCAUCUUUUGUUUUAUUCGAAUGUGGGUUGACCCUCUCAAAUGCAAUUUCAAUUCACGAAAAAUUACAAGCUGAUGGGAAAAUCUUGAAAAAAAUCAUAUCUUUGAUUGAUAAAUAUAGUUGCUAUAAAGUUCUGAUCAUUAUUAAUUUUUGGGAUGUUAGUGGGUCAAACAUAACAACCUCGGAAGUUGCUAGUUUGUUGGAUUUGACACAGUAUACAACUGUGUCUAAUUUGAAGAGUUUGGUGUUAUGUGAUAUGACAACUAAAAACGGGAACAUCAAUACUAUUUUAUCACAAGCAUUCAACAAGGUUAGUUUAGAGUUUAAUGGAGAAUUAAGUUCAACAGGCUCAAAAUAUGAGUAUAAUGAAACCAAACUGAAACUGAAACUGAAAUCUCAACUGCAAAUGCUACAGAAGUUAAGCCAUAAGAUUGCAAACCACAAGAUUCGAGAUAUGGCAAACUUAAGCUAUAACUCAUCAAUUAUAGAGGAAAGCACUCCGCAAACAUCUCCUAAACGCAAAAAGGUUGACGAUAAUCGAGCUAAUACUAGUUUGAGUCAAUUGCAAGACUUGACUGCAGAAAUCAGGAGAAAGUAUAAAAAGUAG